AUGUCUACAGACGUUAGAGCUCUCUUGAAGGCUAAAGCUCAGGAACGCUCAAAACGCAUCACUCACCCAUUCGCCGCGUACAACGCGUCUGGACAACUCCGAUGUACGCUCUGUGCCAUUGUCGUCAAAGACAACGAGACAGCGUGGGCAGGACAUCUUGGAAGUAAAUCACAUAGGACAAAUGCUGGUCGAUUAAAAGAAGCACAAGAGCGAGAAAGCGAAAAGAUGCGAUUGGAAAAGGGAAAGCGAAAGGCACUUGUAGCACAUGAUGACGAUGAGCCAGAAGAUGAAGAGGACGAGGUACAAAAUGGACAUCUGGACGCAAAGGCGCAUGGAUCGAAACGACAAAAGACUGAAGAGGAACAGAGACCGUCGUCUGAAUUUGCUGCGAGCAAUUUCUUCUCAGACCCGAAACGUACUCUACCGACGCGAGAUAGCGACGACGAAGGCGACGACGGAGGAGAGCCAGCUUCUACUCCUGCCGCUAAGAAGACACAACCUUCACAACUGGACAUGGAGUGGGCACAGUUUGAACGCGAAGUGUUGGCUAGACCGACGGCUUCAGAGCAAGUAAUGUCGAGAAAGGAUAUUUACGACCGUGCAACAGUUGCUGCUGAAGAGGUCAUCACCUCGACCGCAGACGACGGUUUCCCAUCACAUCUACGACAAGGCAACGGUGCGAAUACACAGGCGAUUCCGAGUGUUGGACCCUCGGGCGGACGAGUAGGUGCAGUGAUUGAUGGGGAAGUCAUCACAGAGCUGCCUCCCGAGGACGAGACGCCCGAACAAGCGAGGGAACGCAAGGAGAGAGAGGAGAGGGAGUUGAUCAUGGAUCGUAUUAUGGAGGAGGAGCGCGCGCAAGAGGAUGCGGAUGAGCGGGUACGCUCGUUGAAAGCGCGACUUGCACUCGUCAAGCAAAAGAGAGAGGCGGAGCGAAAACGAAAGCUGGGGACAACUUAG